AUGAGUUCUACGAAGUCUCUUAUUCCUCCCAAGUUAUCUGUUUCCGGAAUAACAGGCGGUGCAGCAGCCUUUGCUCAGCUUGGUGACCUUUACAGUAGAUUGCCCAAGGGACCUCUAGUUGAAGGUAUACCUCAUACGAUGCCUAGAUUACUUGGAAGAUACUGGUAUAGAUACAUUCGAACCAGCUCACCUGCUCCUCUUUUACAUAUUAUUUUGGGUGUUGGUCUUGUGAGUUAUGCGGUUGAUUAUGAACUUCAUUUAAAGCAUCACAAGAACAGACCACAUCAUUAA